AAAUUCAAAAAUAAAAUUUAGUUUGUAAAAACAUUCCAAAACGUUAACAACUGCGGUUGGCUUAAAACAAAAUUUUAAACAGAAAACCAUUUAAAGAAAGUUAAACAAAAAGAAAAUAAAUAAAGAGAAAAAAACACCUUGAACUUGACCGUUCAGAUAGUUUUGGCAAAUUUACAUGUGUUUAAACUAGUCUUUGGCUGACACACACACAUACAAAACUAAAACACAAAAUCAAAUAAAUUUUAAAAGCCAAUGAACUCUAUCUAAAUUAACAAACUUAAUUUGAAUUUCAUCGAUAUUCAUUAUGUUUCUUCGCUGGUUUGUGAUUAUAGCAACAACAACUUUAACACUCGCCACAUUCAACAUUAUCUCACCAAUAUCAUCAUCAUGUGUGAAUGCUGAAGUUACCAGUUCAUCGGCAUCGUUGACCAUUGGACAAGAACAAGAUGAAUUGCAUGAAAUGUUAAAUACUGAAAAAGUACUCAUUGAUACCCUAAGGCAUUAUAUUGAAACCCAAGAAAAUAAACUGAAUUUCUUAAAAAGAAAAACAUCUGAAAUUCGUAAUAUUCAUGAUGGAGUCACCGAUCGAGAGAAAUAUUUAUACAAUCCCAUUAAUGCUUUGACGAUUUUGAAAAGAUUUACAGCCGAUUGGAAGAGUUUAAAAUCUUAUGCUGAAGAUUAUUUGAAAACAGAGGAUUUAGCUCAGAACUACACCCAACAAAUCGAAACACUCACAUUUCCCACAGAUCAAGAUUAUGAUGAAGCACUUAUUAAUUUAUUGCGCAUACAAGACAUGUAUCAACUGGAACCACAACGUUUGGCUGUUGGUGAAGUAAAUGGUGUUAAAUUGGGUUCCGAAAUGACUUGGAGCGAUUGUUUGGAAAUUGGCUUAAAGUCAAGUAAAAAUGGUUAUCAAACUUAUGCAAAAUAUUGGAUGGAAACAGCUUUGGAGAAAUUGCCAAACAGUCACAACAACGACACCAAUGAAAUGAACAGUUCAGCAUCAGCUACAGCAGGACAACAAAAAUCCUUGCAGGAUGACUAUACAGUUAAAGCAAAAUUGGAAAUUAUGACAGCAUUAUUAAAUACUGAAUAUAAAUUAGGUAAUUUGGAAGAUGCUUUAAAAAUUGCCAACGAAAUGUUAGAACUUAAACCCAAACAAAAAAAUGUCAAGAAGGCAAAACAGAAAAUGGAAAAUGAAUUGAAAAAGUUGAAAGCCCAGAAUACCAAAGUCGAUAAGAACAAUGAUGAGAAACAAAAAAGGAAAACAACAAAAACUGUUGAAGAACUAAUGAUUGAGGAGAUUUGUCGUGAAGGCAGCAAUCUGCAAAACAACAAACAAAUACAUUCAAUCACUUCAUGGAAUCCAUCUGCACCACAUACCCCCUCCUGUGCGAUUGUUACAAACAAUUUGCCAUACUUAUUGUUGCAGCCUUUAAAUAUUGAACUCUUGAGUUUAGAUCCGUACAUUGUCAUUUAUCACAAUGUUCUAAGUGACAGCCAAAUAGAAGAAUUAAAAGAUUUUGUUGUCGAAGAACAAGACGACACGUUUCAGUUUACGAAAAUUGGUCAGAAAAAAAUGCGUCAAAUUAAUGGUAAAUUACAUUAUGUAAUUGGACAUUAUGGACAGGAGUUGUAUGAUGACUGGCAAGUGGAACGUUAUAAUUUUGAAAAUCUAAUGGAAUUAGAGAACUUAAGUGUGAAUUAUGAAAAUAAAAAACAAGCUAAAUUACUCGUUAAUUUACAACAACCUUUAAUGGGCGGCUCUGUGAUAUUUCCCCAACUGGAAUUAAGCAUCAAUCUGCCUCGUGGUUCUGUGCUGUAUUGGUCUCAGCUCAAUGAGUUUCAGGCUCAUGAUUACAGAUCAAACUAUCAUGUGUGUCCAGUUAUUGGAGGCAGUCAAUUAACUGCCACCACCUCCAUCAAAAAUAUUUAA